UUUCCCGUUCUUCUUUUGUCCUCCUCCACUUGUUUCUUGAAGUCACCAAAAGUGAACUGCUUGUAGUGGGAAGGCUCACUGCAGCUCCCUAUUAUGGAAUCCAUUGAUGGGCAAAGGAAAUAGGCAACUGAGUAUCUAUCUGCCUCAGAAUUGCUCAUUACCUUGUGCUCUACACUCUUGUAGAAAUCAUUGCUCCAUGCCUGGAACGAAUCAGAUUAAUCAACAUAUAGUUGAAGGGUAGAUUCUCAUCUGCAUCAGUUAAAAUAAAAGGUGGCUGUUCUGUGGUUAAUUCUAUGCAUGUGUGGAUGGAACUACUAUUGAACUGAUGUCAUUAGCCAUGGCUUGUCGAGCUCUGGUGCAAUUAUUAACUAUGUAGUUCCCUACCACCGCAAAAAAGUUAUCUCAAAGAAUGCUAAUCAAUGAAGUAAUUUGAAACUUGAAAGUGCUGCCUUGAAAAGGAAUGGGAUGGCCAAUAUUUUGUGUGCAGAAGAUACCUGAAAGAGAUCACCAAUGUUGACUAUAAGAGCAUCUUGGUUAGGUUUCACAGCAUACCAACUAGAAUCCUUCCUCAAUUGGAGGCCUCCAACCUGAUCUUGACUGAGGAUGGUGAGGAAGUCACUGUCUGUGUGAGGCAAUAGGCCAAAGGUGCCCAGUGAAUGAGGGCACGGAGGAUAAUGGUUCAGGCGGAAAUAGUUUGUGCUCAUACUGCAUUUUUCGGCAAUAAAAUCCCCUGGAAACCCCAAGUUCUCAGCUAGAACUCUUGCAAGCACGUGAGCAAGGGUGCAAAGUAAAAUUAUGGCAGAAUUUUGAGGAUACUGGCCGAACCGAGCAGACGAGGAUAUCGAAUGCCUCCUCGUUCGACGGAGAGACCUGAUCUCUAUCUCGCUGGAGUCCAUGGAGAUGGAGGCUCUCGCUCGGAGAAGCUCGUUAUCCAUUUCCGUUGCGUCUCUUUCUAGGCCAAGCUCUCGGUACGGCGUCAGUGCUCGCCGCGACUUCCCCGGCGCGCGGCGAAGGAAACCCUCCUUGCGACUCCGGGUGGAAGCAGAAACGGCCUUGGGCAGCGCGCGCAUUGACCGGAGUGAGCCGGUUGAGGUCAUAGGGAUUGGCAGUAGGAAGGACGCGCUCAUCGAAUUCUGCUUGAAUUCGCCCUCGUUCUCCGAAUCUCGCCUUAGGUUCUGGACUAUACAAACGAGAGGUUCUCUUAAGCUCCAGAGGUGCCGUGGAACAGAUAUGCUUCAAAAAAAAUUGGAAUUUCCGCUAUCACAUCCAUGCCCUCCAGCUAUUAUUCUUGUAGCAAGUUCAGGUCAUGAUCUCGAUCAUGUUACAGCUUUAGAACUUUUAGAUGCUGUUAAGUCAGCUGGUGGUCUAGCUGUUGCAAUUUUAUUAAAGCCAUUUAUGUUUGAGGGACAAAGACGGCUGAAGGAGGUAGAAUAUCUGGAGCGUAAACUGAAAGCUUGCUCACACUUUUAUAUUGUGGUUGAAGCAGAUACUUUACUGAAGAGAGAAGUAGAAACUCUAGCUGAAGCUAUGGAAACUGCAAAUAGUGCUGUCUUCUUUGCCCUGUGGACAAUAUCUGUUAUGAUAACUGAGAGUUUUGCCAAAUAUCAGAGUUUAACAAAUUUGCAAAUGAGAGAAGUUAAAUCAAUGGAAGUAGUAAAAAUUUUACGCAGAAAUGGUGAAGCUAAAUCUGGUUUUGGAGCUGGUUAUGAUAUUAAAUCAUCAAUUAAACAGGCCAUCUUCCAUUGUCCUUUUCUUCCUGGUGGUAUAAAGGACUUGAAUGGCCUAGUUAUUGUUACCUUUUCAAGUGCUUCUUAUUUGGACCAAAGUGAUCUGCACUCUGCCAUUGUUAUGUUCCGUGAAAUUUCUCAGUGCAAAAGUGAAAUCAUUGUUUCCCAAGUUCAAGAACCUCAACUGGAGUCGAAUUUAGUCAUAACGACUGUUCUAAUUGUGGGUAAUCAGAAAAUAUCUUCUCCUAAGAGGGGAGUAUUGAUGAGUUUAGCUCUUCGUCUUCCAUUCCUGUCCUCCCUCAUGGGUGGUGGGAAUUUCUUUGAAUCUAAAGAAGAUAUGACAGUUUGUGCUUCAAAAUCCACAUCUGAUGCAUCCAACCCAUCAGAGAACUGGGAGAUCUCAAAUUUUGAAUCGGCUAGUAGUGCUGUUGAUUAUCAUAAUCAAUGCACUCAAGAAAUAGAAAAUACAUUAUCUGGAGAAGAAUCAAGAGUCCUACAUAAAGUUAAAUCAUCAGAUUGCAAUAUCAAUUUUCUGCACAAACAUAGUUAUGAAACAGAACAUGAUGCAAAUAUUCAGAAUGAACCACCUAGCAGUUUGAGUGAUGACCCUGGAUUCCAUAUUGCACAGUUGUGGGCUAAAGAGCGUACUUCUUUACAUUUAAAUGGUAAAGCAAAUGAAACAGAAAUCUUGAGUCUUCCAAUUGGUAUAAAAACCUCCAUUUUGUGCUCUGGUUAUUCAAUGAAUGUUGAUCUGAGUGUUUUGGAAAAAUUUGACAAUAAUAACAAUGCCAAAGAAUCCACAAGUGGACAAGCUAUUGCUUCUGGAAAUGUACUAACAGAAGCAGGUAUGGAGGCUGUGCUAGAAAUCUAUAAUUCCGCAUUGGCAUUAAUAAAAGGCAGAAAUCUGAAUGGAUCUCAAAAUGGUGGGCUGCUUUCUGCCCGUGCUGCUUCUAUGCUGGAAGCUGAAAGAGAAUCACAGAAGAGUUGGACGCCUGUCCUGGAAAUACAAUAUAGAGGGGGAAGCUAUAAAGGACGAUGCCAGGGAGGUUUACCUGAAGGAAAGGGUCGGCUAAUGUUCAAGGAUGGAUGCUUUUAUGAUGGCAUAUGGCACAAUGGAAAGAGAUGUGGUCUUGGUUCAUUUUACUUCAGUAAUGGUGAUGUGUACCAAGGAUCAUGGAGGGAUGAUCUUAUGCAUGGGAAGGGUUGGUUCUAUUUUAGUUCCGGAGAUCGCUGGUUCGCAAACUUUUGGAAAGGGAAGGCCAAUGGUGAAGGGAGAUUUUACUCCAAAAGUGGUAGUAUAUAUUUUGGUAACUUCAAAAAUGGUUGGCGAGAUGGACAUAGCUUGUACAUAGACACAGAUGGAUCAAGGUGGACCGAGGUAUGGGAAGAAGGUACCCUUGUUAGCAGGACUCAGCUGGAUGAUGCAGCUUCUGGCUGAUGCGUUUACAAAUCUAGUAGACUAGUUCGGAUGCUUACAUUUUGAUAAAACGAUGCCCUAUAAUUGCUGAAACGUGCUUCUGUAUACAGCGAGCAGUUUUUGUACAAAAUUUAAGUUUGCAAUUCUUGAUUGCUAGAAAUGUAGUGUGUAAAUUGUGUCGUAGGGAACAGAAUUAGAACUUCGCCGUCAAAGAAUGGAUAUCUAGUCAUUUGCUCAAUUGCAUUUGAUGUUUUGUUUGACAUUGGUGUAUCUUUAGAUCGAUGAACUUAUGCUGUUAAGGAAUCUUGCUUGCUUUGUUGUAAAGACAGACAAUACCGCACCAUUCCAUUUAUAAGCACUGGUUCUUUAGUUCAA